AUGAGACAAAUAUUGCUUCUUAUUUUUGUAACUCUAAGCAGCUUUUGUUCUUGUAAAGAUAUCUUUAAAGAUUGUUUCGUUGCACAUCGAAAUAUUCAACUCGAAUGCGUGAAGCCGAUCGAAAGAAGAACGGGAAUCACGGAAGGAGAGUGCGGUGAACUGUGCGGCCAAUUGACGCCUCAAUGUCGAAGUGCUCAAUAUGAUGCAUAUCGUAAUCAAUGUGAUCUCUUCGAUGAACCCUCACCCCUUGAUAUGCCCAUUUCAGCAAAAGAUAUUACGAAAUAUCGACGUAGACUCGUCCGCUCUGUACCGACUUUCACUGGACAACACAUUAAAAUGAAAAAAAGAGAAUUAGGAAAAGAAUCGAAAUGUUAUCCAAUGGUAGUUCCAUCAAUUGGUGUCACUCAUUACUCGGUGAACAUCACUUGUCUACGAGCUUUCGGCAUUCCUCUCACUCCAACACUUCAAGCCAAAUCGAGAGAUCAAACAGAGAAAAAUAAAAUUCAAUCCAAUCCUGUAAACACUCGAGAGAAAUACAAAGAUCUGAAAGAGGAAGAAAUCGCAAAAUUAGAAGACCAAAAACCUGAUUUAACAUUGAUUUCUACUGAUUCUCAUGUGCCAUUCGCGGGAACGAUUGAAGUUUUGCCAUUAAUUCCGGAUUGUCCAAAUGAUGAAGUGCCACAUGUACAGAUUAUAAAUGGAGUUCAGAUUGAUGCUCAAUCUACUCUGGGCUUUGUGGUUGACUCACCGGAAGCUUGUAUUCACGUUUGUAGAACAAGUUCGUACCUAGACGGCACUCGCCUUCCUCUUCUUUGCCGAUCAGCUCACUUCGAUUUGACAACGAAACGUUGCUCUUUCUAUCCAGAUGCUCUUAAUCCAAAUGGAUAUCUUAAUUAUAUUCCAAACAAUCAAAUGCUUUACAUGGAAAAGAUUUGCAUUUCACCUGUCGUUCUUUCUCCAAAUUGCGACGAAGCUUCACAACGGAUUCCUCAACAUAUUCUUGUCGGUCAUGCAUCGGAUAUUCUCACUGCCGCAAGCCAACAAGAAUGCAUCCUUCAUUGUUUAACUGCAUAUAGAGAACGCGGUUUCACCUGUCGCUCAAUCAUUCACUACAGCGAUUUCCCAGCAUCAAAUUGCAUUCUCAAUUUUCAUACGAAAACGACACGGCCACAGUUUUUUGCUAUCGAAUUGUUGCUAAAGGUUGAUUAUGUUGAAGUUCCGAAAUGCUCCUUUAAAACACCAAUUUUUCUGCACGAGGGACGAGCCUCGUUGCGACUUCAUGACUCGGAAAUGAUCAGGAAUUUGCAUAAAAGCUUGAGUCCAAUGGAUGUGCAAGAGGUUGAGGGGGGCAUCAAUAAGAAUCAAGUGCAAUUGUUGAAUGCUUACGUUUUACCAUCAGAAUUCGACAAAAAGAAGUCACUCGUUGAGCUAAACACAAAACCCAAUCCUUCUUCAAUCCCAUUCAACAAUCUUUUGGAAGAUAAAAAUCAAAAUUUAUUUGAUAUAACAAAAAGAGACUCUUGGUCGCCGUGGAGUGAAUGUGAUUUACAAACGGGAAUGAGGAAAAGAAGCAAAAUUUGUGAUGGAAUUGAGUGCAAAGCUGAACUUGAAAUUGAGCCCUGUUUUUCUGAAAAAGAAUUCGAUCAAGCUCUCUCACUUUAUCUAAAAGAAGAAAAGAAAGAAACUCAACAAUCAAUGACCAAAAUCAAGCCACAAGCUGAUGAAAGAGCCGACUUCUUUGACUCACCAACAUUACCCAAAUAUUUAUCCAAGAAAUUUUUCUAUCGAUUU